AUGGAUGAUACGCCGGAGCCCGCCGACAGUGCCAUGCCAGAGCACCAUAUUGUCAAGGCAGACGAAGUCGACCAGACGGGGACGGACAUCAGCCCCGUGUCGGAUGACCAGUUGAUGGAGCAGGUCGCGGAGGGAUUGCGGCAGGAGCAGUCACCAUCCAGUGCCUCGACCCCAGACCAGCCGCCGGCAGAGUCUGGCAAAGGGCCUAGACGCCCCGACCUGCGUCGGGAUGCGGCCGCCCCGCCGCCUCCUCUACAGCCUCCACCGCCAGCUCCGGUUCAACAGAAUGUGGAGAGACCCCCGGACUCGCUGAGUCUGGCUCAGCUCAGGCAGCUGGUUCAAGAGAUGCCCAAGGUUGAACAGCCUGCAUAUGCCUUCGAGUAUGCCGACUCCCAACCGUUCGCCGAAGAAAUCGAAGAAUGGUUCCAGUACAGCGAGUUUGAUAGAGUCAUGCUCAUUGGCAUGAAAUCGUCCUUUGAGCACAGGUGGGGCUCAUUCUGUGAAGACCAGUCUGCAGAUUCUUCCCCGGAAUCUUGGACUUAUGCCUCUCAUGAACAUUUACGACAGACCUUUAUGAGCCAAAUAAUUAACAACGUACGAGACCGCACAGUCUUGGUCCGGAUCGAGGCCUUGGAAGCCCUGUGCUAUGCUCUGACGGGAGUGUGGGGUGUCACUGCCGGAAGGACUGUGUAUGGUUCUGUCGAAGGUAACCCUCGGCACGCAAUGCAGAUCAAGUGGAUCGAGCACAAUGUCCACUUAGUCCACCAGUGCUCGGGCCUUCAAACACUCGUGGACUGCCUGUGCCGUGUCUUUGAGAGACAUCGCAGCUCAUCAUCGCAGGACAUCGAGAGCAAUGGACAGGAGAAUGCAAACCCUGCGUAUGUUGCUGCUUUGGAGCGCGAAGCGAACCUCGUAUUGACGGCUCUCUAUAUGGUUGUGGAAUUUGGUCGGAGAGAAGAAGCUCUCUACCCCAAGCCUAGCUCCGUGAGGGAUACUCUUAUGGGCUUGGAGCCCAACCUGCUGGUGUUCUUGGUGGAGAUCAUCGCGCGGUUGCGGUGGGACGACUCUGCUAAUGUCCCGCUGACUCGGGUCAUCCUCUUGUUCUGGAAGACUUUGCUUCUGUUCUUUGGAGGCAGUGAUAAGCUGAAGCAGGCCAAAGAAAUACUAGAGCCUUCAUUCGAGGCAAGGGAAAACAGUUCUCCCCGGAGGACUCCCUUCCUCACAGCCUCACCCCUGGAUUAUCAUGCUUUCAGGCAGGAGAUUACGUCCAAGUACCCUGCCUAUAACCCGCCGCCGCCUGCGGUCCCUUUAGACCUAGAAAAUAACUCGGUCCUUCCACCGCUUCCUCAACACCCUAACCGGAUGGGUGCCUCCAACGGUCCCUUCUCUGGCGUCGGUCCUCCGGUGGCGGGUAGCAGCGGUUCAAUCAUCCACCACCCGGUUCAUAUUGCUACGCCUGCACCGUCCCCCCCACCCUCGCCCAUUGGACCAGGUGGAAAGGCUGGAAAGAAGCAAAACUACCAGACCAACCAGAACUUCCCCUUCAUGUACCCCCCUCUAGACGAUUCAAGUAACGACCUGGGUGGGAAGGGCACAACCGAGCUGCAAGAUAACCUUGUAGGGAAACGGUGGGAAGGAAGCGAUGUCCCGGCUUCGAUCAUCGAGGCUGGGAAGCUUUUCUCCACGCAUGUGAAAAUGACCCGGGCGAUGCGGCAGCUCUGGGAGGAGCGAGAGCGCUUCAUGAAAUACGACCGUGGCUGGUACCCUGAGGAUAACCAUCCCCUUUCGACGGAAGAUCCCUUUAACGAUUUGGCCGAACAGCUGGGAAAUUUGCAUUUGCCGCAAAGGCCCAGCAUUGCUAGUUCUUCUGAGAAGGAGACUGAUAAUGAAGACAUUCAGCAGCGCCUGAACGCUGUCGAAUCAUUUUACUCGAUUACGAUAGUUUUCCUGAAGAUCGUCCUGACCAAUGUCAGCGCCAUGGUCAACCAGGCGAACGGGCAAGCACAGGCCAUGGGUGACGGCUAUAGCUCGAUCAACGGCUUCCCAGCCGACCAUUCCAACGGUCAUGGAGACCUGAACUCUGAGGCUGCGAUCGACGACCUCGAUAAUAUCCGGCUCCGGGAGAUUACCGGCAAGGCGAUAUCUGGCUCGCUGCUACUGCUGAUCAAGUGGUUCAAGAGAUCUCAUAUCUUGAAAUUCGAGUACAUGACUCAGCUACUACUCGACUCGAACUAUUUGCCUCUGAUCCUGAAGAUGUUUGCUCACCAGGAUGUCGACCAAGCGGUAGCGCAUCGGAACGACCGGGAAGAAUUGGGCUUCUUCCGUUUCUGCCAUCUUCACUCGAACCAACCGCCCGAAUCGACGACCGACCUGGACGAAGACUCGUCACCUAGCGAGGACGAGGCCGCCCCACCACCCAUCACGCGGCAUCGACAGGACACAGACGCAGGCGCCUCGGUUCGAGGAAUGUCGCCUGAGAUCCCCGUCCCGGAGUUCGUGGAAGGGCCUCAUCGCCCGGAGGUGGACGAGUUAGGCUACCCUACCGCACCGCCGCCAAAGGAGCCGAUCACGGUGUUCUCCUUCCGCAACUUCUUCUCGGCGAUCAACUACCUCCACAUCAUGCAGAAGAUCACGCGCGACAAGGCGCACCGCUGCCUGCUGCUGGUGCAGUACAAGUCGAGCACGAUCCUCCGCAAGGGCCUCAAGAUCCCCGACCCGCACCUCCGCUUCUACACGCUCAAACUGUUCAAGUCGCAGGUGCCGUACUGCGGGCGCAAGUGGCGCCAGAGCAACAUGCGCGUCAUCACCGCCAUCUACCUGUACUGCCGGCCCGAGCUGCGCGACGACUGGCUAUCCGGCGGGGACAUCGACUCGGAGGUCGAGGAGGCGUUGCCCCUGGAACAGGCGCUGCGGGGGCUAACGCACUGGUGGCAUCUGCGCCGCUACAAGGACGUGAUGGGCGGCGAGGAAGGAGCCUCGAUGAUGGAGGAGGAGCGCGACUUUUUCGUCCGUGAACUCGAGGCCAUGGGCUGGGGCCUGGCCGGCGAGGAGUCGUACGGAGGCAGCGACGACGUCGAACUGGCUGCGGCUGGCGCUGGCGGGCCCAUGGUCAACGGGACCGAAUGGGAUGGAGCUCCGCUGCAGAUGGAGGGGUGGUGA